GGCCCGGAAGCGGGCGUGGCGGAGGUGCGGGCCAGGAAGCUGGAGACCAGGGUUCCGGUCGUGCCUUUCGCCCCGCCCCGUUCGGUGGAGUCCUGGGGACGCGCUCGGGCAGAUUGGUGCGCUGUCAGUCAUGGCGCUGUCCUCGCGGCUGUGGCGCCUUCUCCGUCUGCGGCACGGAGCCGCCCAGAGCGUCUGUCCGCUGGCGAGGGCCUGGGGCAGCCGUGGGCACUGUGGCGCCCGGGGAUUCCUCGGCUCCGAGGUGAUAGGAAACACAAGACCUUUCAAGAGAGGCCUAUUGUUCUCAGCCUUGUCUUAUUUGGGUUUUGAAACCUACCAAGUCAUUUCUCAGGCUGCCGUAGUUCAUGCCACAGCCAAAGUUGAGGAAAUACUUGAGCAAGCAGACUACCUAUAUGAAAGUGGAGAAACAGAGAAGCUUUAUCAGUUGCUCACACAGUACAAAGAAAGUGAAGAUGCAGAGUUACUGUGGCGUUUGGCACGAGCAUCACGUGACAUAGCACAGCUUAGUAGGACUUCAGAAGAGGAAAAAAAAGCUUUGGUGUAUGAAGCCCUAGAGUAUGCAAAAAAAGCACUAGAGAAAAACGAGUCAAGUUUUGCUGCUCAUAAGUGGUAUGCGAUCUGCAUUAGUGAUGUUGGAGACUACGAAGGCAUCAAGGUCAAGAUUGCAAAUGCCUACAUUAUCAAGGAACAUUUUGAGAAAGCCAUUGAGCUGAACCCUAAAGAUGCUACUUCAAUUCACCUUAUGGGUAUUUGGUGCUAUACAUUUGCUGAAAUGCCUUGGUAUCAAAGAAGAAUUGCUAAAGUGCUGUUUGCAAAUCCUCCUAGUUCCACCUACGAGGAGGCCUUGAAAUACUUUCACAGGGCAGAACAAGUGGAUCCAAACUUCUACAGCAAAAACUUGCUGCUUUUAGGAAAGACAUACUUGAAGCUAAACAACAAAAAGCUUGCUGCUUUCUGGCUGGUAAAAGCCAAGGGUUAUCCAGCACAUACAGAAGAAGAUAAACAGAUACAGACAGAAGCUGCUCAGUUGCUUACAGGUUUGUGACAAGAACUGAGAACUUUUUGGAGAAGGCAACAAUGUACCUAACACUUUGCACUUCAUUGAUUUAUAAAGAUGAAACAUUAACCAUAAUGAUUCUGUGGCUUUUUUCCCCAGUUCUUUGAUGUGUGACCAUUUUACACAAUAAAUGUACAAAAUUCUGGGUUUCUUCACAAGUAAAUGGGUAAAAGAAACUGCCACAUUGCCCUAAGAGUGGCAGUAAUACACUUCACUGGUUCAUACAGACAUUUUCAAUUUGGAAUGCCAAUAGGAAAAAAUGGUAUGGGAUAUGUAAGAACUGAUCACAUCAGGAUGAGAGGUUUUUAAAAGAAGCCUUUGUGAACAGGUGGCAUAUGAGAGAAUGGUUUUCAGGUUGUAACUAACUGAAAGCUGCUAUCUUAGAGAAAAGGUAAAACAAGAGUUAGGUGUUUAUGAUGUUGUGGGUUCCUGGCAUAAAGAACUUAAGUGAUGUGUUGUAGAAGCCAGCCCAGAUAAGGAAAAAUACUAUGGAACGAUUUUCCUUUUUAAAAUGUUAUAGCUUCAUGUAUGGGUUGAAUUUGUCAGUUGACAAAUUGUAAUCCUUUAUAGAAUGGAGGGACACAGACUUCAGGGUAAGAAGGAAAUAGAUGUAUUUAACAGGCAAGGUGCUAUCACUUCAGUCUGAGGCACCACCACAGCAAACUUAACAUUUUGUAACACCUGAAGCUUGAAUGCCACUUACACUAAACAAAUGUGAGGCUGUGUAUAGGUAUAUUUUCUCCAAAAGACAUGAGAAUUGUAAUGUUUUAAUAAAUUACAGCAAAAUGUAUAGGUGUGUGCUGUACCUGUUUUACCAUGUAAACUUUCAAACAUUGGAAAUACAUCCUAUACUUGGAUUUAAGGUGUUAAUACUUUGCUAUAUUCUAUUUAUAUAUGUAUAUCUAUUCAUAUAUAAUGGAUUUUUAAACCUUUGAAAUUACAGAUAUCAUACCCUUAAGUGUCUCAGCUGUGUCUUAUGCUUUUCAGAAUAAGUACAUCUUAAAAACAAAUACAUCACACCUAUUACAUUACCUCGUAACAAGACAUACUCAGAUUUCCUUAACUGUCCAAAAAACUGCUUUUUGAGACAAGAAUUUGAUUUGCAGCAGAUGGUUUUAGUACAGAAAAAUUUUUCCCACAUCUUACAACAUAGACUUUUUGGAGAGGCCAAUCCAGUUGUUAUCAACUGUCCUUCAUUCCAGAUCAGCCUCUGAGAAUCCAUGUUUCAUCUUGUCUUCUGGACUCCAGUUAAUUAUAUUCAGUCUUCUUUGGCUUUCACAUUCAUGACUUUGAAAUUAACUUGUUUCAUUUUCUACUUUCAUUUCCAUUUUUGAUACAUUUUGUUUUGCUUAAAGACAUGAUAAUUGUCUUCAUUUGCACGCUUUGGAGUUUGGGUUUUUUGUUUUGUUUUAUCUUUUUCUUCAUUUUUUUCCCUUCCCGACUUUUGUCAGCAGCCACUUCAUAUCUUCAUUUAUUGUUUAGUUAUAAACUUUAGCUACUUUUCAUAUUCACAUUAGUAUAUUAUGCUAAAGAAUUUAAUUUUUUUACAUUAUAUCCAGGUCCUUGUACUUCUUAAAUAAGGGCUUUUUUUUUUUUUUUAAACCAGAUAUGUAUCCCAGCUGCUUCUGUGGGUUUAUCCCUUAGAAUGGCUUUUCUAGUGAAUUUUUGUUACCAUCUCAAAGGUCCUGGAAUCAAUCCCUAGCACUCACACACAAAAAAUUAUUUCUGGAGAGUUCUUUUUGUGAAACAAGGUAUUUUCCAGUAAUGAAGACUUUUGUGGAUUAGAGGAUCUAUCUUCUGAUGCUUUAUAGACCUUCUUUAUUUUAAAAUAAUUAAGAUUCACAAGAAAUUACAUAUUAUAGUACAAGCAGGUUCUGAAUACCCUUCUUCCUGGUUUGCCCUUGGGUGACAUGUAACUAUGGUUUUAUAACAAACUAAGAAACAUACUGGUAUGAUCUGUAGAUCUUAAUUCAGAUUUUAUGACUUUUAGAUGUCCUCACUUUAUGUCUAGUUCUUAGUAACUUUAUUAUACAAUUUUUUAUAACUACCACCACAGACAAGAUACAGAUUUGUUUUACUCAGACAUCUAGUGCUGUAUAUAGCCAUACUCAGCAACUUUCAGUCCCUCUUAUAUUCCUGACACACCCUACAGCUAAUCGGCUAUACAUUUGUCAUUUCAAGACUCUUAGGCAAAUGCAAUCUUCUGGAAUAUAACCUUUGGAGAUUGUGCCUUUUUACUUAGCCAGAUCCUCUUAUAACAACUAAGUUCAAUCAAUAUUUUUUCCUUUUAUUACAUAGGUUUACUCUUUUAUCCACCUGUUGAAGGUAUUUAAUUUUUUUCUGAUCUGUGACUAUUAAAACUAAAGAUGUUUUACAUUCAUGUUUAUUGUGGCAUUGUUCACAAACAAGUUAUGGAAUCAGUGUAGAUGUCUAUCAAGUGAACAAAGAAAAUGUAUAUAUUAACAAACCAGUUUUAUUCAGCCAUAAAGUGAAAUUACCUCAUUUGCAGCCAAAAGGAUGGAACUGAAGAUGAUCUUGUUAAGUCUAUAUAAGCUCAGAUGGAUACUACAUGUGGAUCCAAAUUAAACAAACAAACAAAUGACAUGAAAGUAGAAGGCGGAUUACUUGGGAAGAGGAAGGAGGUAAUGGUGGGCUGGACAUGUCAGAGCACAUGUGAAAAUGUCACAGUGAAACCUAUUAUUUUGUAUAGUGAAUAUAUACUAAUAAAUAAAAUUUUAAAGCUGUUAUGACCUA